AUGCUCGAGAAGAGGGCCGCAGAGGAGCAGGAGCUCGCAGACCGAGACGUCGUCAACCCUCCCGUCACCAGCCCCACCACUGGGACAGUCUGGACGGCCGGCGACAAGGUCACCGUCACCUGGAACACAGACUUUGUGAACAGCAAGCCCGAGUACUCCAAUCUCAAGGGCACCAUUCUCCUCGGCCACCUCAACCCAGGCUCUCAGUCCGAGAACCUGCAAGCCGAGCACCCUCUUGCUGAGGGCUUCCUCCUCACGGCCGGCAAAACUUCCUUCACUCUCCCAGCGAACACGACCCCUCGCGAUGGGAACGCCAUCGUGGUUCUCCUCGGCGACUCGGGCAACAAGAGCAAGAAGUUCACCAUCAAGGCGGCUGAGGGCAACAAGCACCCCCACCCUCACCCUCACCCUCACCCUCACCCGGAGGAGACGAACACUGAGGCGUCGGCUUAA